AUGCUGGAGCACCUCGAGCUGAUAGACUAUGACGAGAUCAGUGUUGAGGAAGCCACGGAAACACUCACUGCCCUGGGGAAACUCCACAACCUGCGCUGUCUUCACUUCGGUACCACUAAAUGGGAAGUCAGACAUUUGGUUCCUACUGUGUUUGAGAAUGGACGAUUGCAGAAACUACAGCAGCUUCAGCUGAGUUACAUUGUGGAGGAGAAGACGGUGUGUGCUGUGGCAGAGCUCUGCCCUGAUCUGCAAGAACUUGGACUGCUCAGAUACUGUCUUGGUGGAAAAGCAAUGUCAUACAUAGCUAAGCUGCCAGCAUUGAAUGCUUUGGAAUUCAGUGACAUUAAAUUUUAUAAGUUAAAACCCAGUGUAAAAUGCAUCCUUGAAAUGUCAGAGCUGCGCAGACUUUUCCUCAGGGAAUGUAUCUGCUGGGCCAUACCAUUUGACAAGUUUCCUGGCAGACUGGUGAACCUCAGAGAGCUGGAGAUAGACUACUGUGAUGGAGAUCAGGACGCACUGGACAGAAUCAGUGCCCAGAUGCCAGACCUGAGGGUGAAGGGCACCCUCGGGGCACUCAUCACAGAUGAUAGUUACGAAGAGGGUGACUACGAGUGA